AACAAAUUGUAUUUAUAAAUAAAUAAGUAUAGAUAUAGUUUAUUAAAGAUAGGUAAAGGAAAUGUAUAGUAGAAAGAAAAGAAUCAAACGUGCAGAUGUCGUGUACGACAAUACGACGAGGGAUUCCAUUCCGAAGAGGGGGUACUAUUCUGAACUGGUCUCCGACAUGACGAAAGAAGAUCCGGGUAAAGAACUAUGUGCUAAGAAACGAAUGAAGCUCAUAUUACAGGCUAAAACAGACAAGCUGGCGCCAACCCUCACAUCUUUGCCAAAGCCGCAGCGAGCCAAGAUCCUCCUGCCCCCUGGCCGAUGGACUACCUUCAAAGAGGAUGAGAGCAUUCAAUUCCCUUUCGAGACGUUCGUUCCGAAAUUGCAAUUCUUGAGUAUUGUACUGCCGAAGGAGAUGCCCCGGCUGGUCAAGAUUGAGAGGCUUCGAAGGAAAUUCUUAGCCGCCAAUAUUAAGAAAAUGCUCCAAGGGCUCGGCAUCCAGCCAUUCUGGCUACUUCCACCUUCAGAGUUCCAGCUCACUGAUCAGGAGUACUAUGGCCUUUAUAGCCCCUUCCCCAAACUGGAACUCGAGAUAUUUGAUAACACUGACUACGAUUGCCGCAUUCCUGAAGAGUGGUUGGCCCUGGGCUUGAUCGAAGGAGAGCAGUACCCGUGUCCAGGCCUCGCCUUCAUCCCCAAGGAGCAGAGCAAGGCAGCCAAGAGCAGUGACGUCAUACAAAUGUACAACAAUUUGUAUGAAUGGACAAACGUGGCAGCUUUCAGUUUCGAUGAAAAUACAGGUCUAUGGGAAAUCAUGACUCUGGACGGCACCAAAAGAAAAUAUAAUAUUCCAAGAAUCCGAUUGAUGUUCAAAGCAGACGAUCCAGAAACAUUCGCCAACCGCGUAAAGUUUGCCGUCGAUCUGCGACGUGAGGUCGAAAAUAACUUGAGGUUUUACCUAUACCUGGACUGUUUAAUCCUCGAAGGUCUGCCUAUAAUGCCUAUUACGUACAUGACGAACAUAAUAAAAAUGGUGCGGAUCCACAAACAAGCCAGGGAAGUCGAUGAAGAUCACCUUAAUGUUCUUAAACAUGAGGCUGAACUGAUGUACAGGAAAAUGGAAGGGAAAAUGAAGAUAAUCUACACGAUCCUAAAGUAUCGUGACCUGUACAACUUCAUCGAUCCGCCGACGAAGGACUACGUUGCACCAGUGCCAGAUUACGGACGCUAUCCCUGUAUUAUGGAAGAUUUCCAUGGUCGGGUGAAAUACAACCAAUGGAACUCACUGUAUGUGCUGAUAGAAGCUGUUUCGUGUAUACAUCUCGUGGUUGAUGAGUGCUUGAAGGUUGAGUCCAUGCUGUUCUUCACAACAAACUACGGCCGAAACGUAAGCCUUGCUGAGUUUGAUGCAGCGCAGCAACAUUGCACUUCUAUGAUGUUGAAGUACUUGAACAUAACGUGGUUGAAUAACACGGCGCACGCUAUAAGGAUGUCGUUCAGAGAUGUUGGCAAGGGAUGGUAUAACAUCUACGAGAAGAAAUGGGAAUUCUAUGGUGUCAGCAAGCUGUGUCGCUUCAUGCAACUAGUAAGGUUUCGGAUGCAGUAUGCUCUCCGUUUCUGCAUAGAGCAAUCAAUGGAGAUGUUCGUGACCCUUUGCGAGACGCCCUGCCUCUGCACAUACUGGUGUGAGGACGACUACGAGUGGGACUCCACUGACCUGAUCAACACUCCCUUCAGAUCUCCUACACCGACGCUGUUCUACUUCCAACUGAUGAUAAACGCUGAUGGACCAUAUUAUACCACUGAUCCUGCACAGUUUGAGAUCGUGAUUCAGAGGCUUUUCCGUGAGAUGCUGUACCGGUGUCACUUCAUCCCUCAAGUCCAUCCGAUGAUAAUGACUGGCCUGGUGUUCGACAAAGAGCUGUUCCUUACUUCCAUUGGUCUAAUGGAGCCAAACGUGGUGGAUUACCGUGAGCGACUGUUGAUUGCUUAUCGCAAGGCCAUCAUACCCUUAAUGGCGUAUCUGCGGCAGUAUGAGUGCUACACGGAUAUCUUUGUGUUGGACACUGAGGAAUAUGUUGAAGCUUUCCGAGAAGAGAAGCAUUCGGCAUCGGAGACUCGGGAAGAGGUCCAAAUGCACUACGAUGCGAAACAAGACCUGAUCUGGCGUUUGCCGCAGUACAUCAACAUCGGACCAUUUGCCCUCAACGUCGAUACGCUAAAGCAAAUCCUGGUAAACAAAAGGUCUGACAUCAUCCGAGCUUUACUCACGAUGUGGGCAGAAGAAGUGCGUCUUGUGGUGGAAGAUGUGGUGCAAGCCUAUAAAAGUAUAAUGAGGAAGCUGGGGGAGAAGCCGAAUACGAUAGAACACGUGUUUGAGAUCAGGGAGUGGAUGGAGUCUGUACCCUUCGCUCUGAAGACGCAAGAGGACAUCAUGAAGAAAGUCAACACGGACUACGAAGUGCUCGAUGCAUUCUUUAUGCCUCUUGAGAAUGAUGAUUUUAAACUUCUUUGGGAAGCCGUUGGUUGGCCAUUGCAAAUUACUAAGCAGGUUGAUGCCACGACGGAGUUUCUUGAAGAAGAACAGGAGAAGUUCUGGAAGCUUCACCAGCAAGAUGAACAGACACUUUACGACAAGAUCGACAUGUUCACCGCACAAUGUAUGCAGCUUACUCUGCAGAAUGACUUUGGAAGGGUACACGAAAUUGCGAACGACAUCAAGAAAGCCUGGAAAGGUAUGAAGGACUCUCAGGAUUGGGGUCGUAUACUGAACCAGCGCCAGAAGCUGUUCGGGCAGCCAGUCGUUCCGUUUUCUGAUCUCAACCGAUUGGUCAAGGAGUUCGAGCCGUAUAGGAACUUGUGGGUUACCGCUUCAGAUUUCCUGAAAAACAAAGAGGUCUGGUUCGACAACCCACUGAUGUACGUGGACGCGGAUUCAAUAGAACCUAUGAUCAACGAGUUCUACAAGACCAUCGUCAAGUGCACGAGGACCUUUGCUGAUCUGCCGAAAGUCCAAGAAGUGGCCAUCGUUAUCAGGGACGAUAUCGACGAAUUUAGGCCUUUGAUCCCUGUGAUCCAGGCAGUCAGAAAUCCUGGUAUGAAAGAACGCCAUUGGAACGAGUUUAUGGAGAGAGCUGGUAUAACUGUGACCAUGAACGAUAAGCAGACCUUCCAAAUGUGUCUGAAGCAAGGCGUGGCAGCGCACGCGGAGUUGAUAGCCGAGAUUGGUGAACUGGCCAGCAAGGAGUAUGUGAUUGAACAGGCCUUAGACAAGAUGUUAGCUGAUUGGUCCAACAAGGUUAUGGAAAUUGCGCCUUACAAGAAUACUGGCACGUUCAUUAUGAAGAUAGCAGACGAGACCCUACAACUAUUGGACGAGCAUCUCAUGGCGACCCAACAGUUGGGCUUCAGUCCCUUCAAGGCAGCCUUUGAACUUAGGAUUCAGGAGUGGGAUGACAGACUUCGUCUCACGCAGAAGGUCGUCGAUGAAUGGAUUGAGUGUCAGAAGGAAUGGAUGUACCUAGAGCCGAUCUUCACAUCGGAAGAUAUAUCUCGGCAGCUGCCGCUUGAAGCCAAGAAGUACGGUACCAUGGAGAGGAUAUGGCGGCGAAUCAUGUCGUCUGCUGCUGCGUGUCCUAAGAUAAUGCUGAUAUGCCCCGACAGCCGGCUCCUAGACAGCUUGGUAGAAGCUCGUCACCUCCUAGCCGUGGUUUCACGCGGACUAAACGCCUACAUGGAACUCAAGAGAUUACGCUUCCCUCGUUUCUUCUUCCUCAGCGACGACGAACUGCUGGAAAUCCUCGCUCAGUCUCGCAACCCGAAAGCGGUACAGCCACAUUUGAGGAAGUGUUUCGAAGCUAUCGCGAAGGUGACCUUCGAACACGACUUGAAGAUCACAUACAUGCACUCCUGUGAGGGUGAGAUCGUGGAGCUGAAGUACAAGUUCUACCCGAGCUCUAACGUGGAACAGUGGCUGCUAUUGCUCGAAGACACAAUGAGGCACACCAUUCGUCUGACCCUGGUCGACGGCAUGGCCGAGCUCUGGACUCUUCCACGAGAGGAAUGGGUGCUGCGCUGGCCAGGCCAAGUGGUGAUAGCUGGCUCGCAGACAGCAUGGACUGCAGGCGUCGAAAACGCUAUAGAGGAGUAUAUGAUGGACCGGUUCGUUGAUGAAAUGCUUGAACAGCUGGAUCGCCUACGGUCCUUGGUCAAAGGUGAGCUGACGUUUGCCCAACGAGCCGUGGUGUGCGCUCUCAUCGUGAUUGAGGUGCACGCGCGUGACGUCACACGCUCCCUAUUUGACGAGAAUGUCAAGAACGUCACUGAUUUCCAGUGGAUUGUGCAGCUGAGAUACUAUCAAGUAAAAAAAGAAAUGUGGCCGUUAGAAGAAGGGGAAUCAGCGGAGAUAUACCAAGAUGCAGAUAGACUCGACACUUCGGCAUAUUACAGGCAGUUCAGUCAAGAUAAAUGUGACGUGAAGGCGCUCAACUCCGUGUUCACUUAUCAGAACGAGUACUUGGGGAACAGUGGUCGGCUGGUGAUCACACCUUUGACUGAUCGCUGCUACGUCACGCUCAUGUGCGCUAUGCAUCUCAAGUUUGGUGGUGCACCUGCAGGCCCCGCUGGCACUGGCAAGACAGAAACUACUAAGGAUUUAGCAAAAGCCCUAGCAGUACAAUGUGUGGUGUUCAAUUGCUCAGAUCAGCUGGAUUACAUGGCUAUGGGCAAGUUCUUCAAAGGUUUAGCUGCGUCCGGAGCUUGGGCUUGCUUUGACGAGUUCAAUAGAAUCGACAUCGAAGUAUUGUCAGUGGUAGCACAACAGGUUGUGACUAUACAGAAAGCACAGAUUGCCAGGCUGGAGCGGUUCAUGUUUGAAGGCUGCGAGCUCCCUCUGAAGAUGUCUUGCUCAGUGUUCAUCACCAUGAAUCCUGGCUAUGCAGGUCGUACCGAGCUACCAGACAACCUAAAAGCAUUAUUCCGUCCAAUUUCCAUGAUGGUGCCGGAUUACGCUCUGAUUGCGGAGAUAUCACUGUUCUCCUACGGCUUUUACGAAGCCAAGAUCCUAGCGGGGAAGAUCACCACCACGUUCCGACUUAGUUCUGAACAGCUGUCUUCACAGGACCACUACGACUUCGGCAUGCGAGCGGUGAAGACUGUGAUCCUGGUAGCCGGCAACCUGAUCCGGCAGAUGCCCGAUGCGGAGGAGAGACAGAUCGUACUACGCUCGCUGAGGGACGUGAACGUGCCCAAGUUCCUGGCUGACGAUCUGCUGCUGUUCAAUGGUAUAAUAUCUGAUCUGUUCCCACGCGUGGAAAUCCCAGUUGUGGACUACGGCAUCAUGGAGCAGUCCAUUCGGAACAUGCUGGUGAAGAGAGGAUACGAUGAUCUUUAUACAUUCAUAUUCAAAAUCAUCCAGUUAUACGAGACGACUGUUGUGCGACACGGCCUCAUGUUGGUAGGCCCUGCUGGUUCGGGGAAGACCAAGUGCUACGAGAUUCUCCGUGACGCCUUGACAGCAAUCAGAGGCAAGAUGGCGCCGGAUGGGUUCCCCUUCACCACUGUAUUGACUUACAUCGUUAACCCGAAAUCUAUCACCAUGGGUCAGCUGUAUGGGGAGUUUGAUCUUCAGACACAUGAAUGGACGGACGGCAUUCUAUCCAGUUUGGUGCGAGCGGGUAUAGCUGUGGAGGAUAUGGACCGCCGUUGGUACAUCUUCGAUGGGCCCGUCGACGCUGUGUGGAUUGAAAACAUGAAUACUGUAUUGGACGACAAUAAAAAGCUUUGCCUCUCGAGCGGUGAGAUCAUGAAGCUGACAGAAAGACAGCGGAUGAUAUUCGAAGUGGCCGACUUGGCGGUCGCUUCCCCGGCUACCGUGUCGCGAUGCGGUAUGGUCUACCUGGAUACUAAAGUUGUGGGGCUGCCGCCGCUGGUCAAUGCUUGGAUGAAAGCUAACUUACCACCGAUGGCCGAGAACAUCCGCAAGCACCUACCCAAUCUGAUCAACACAUACUUGUACCCGUCAAUACAACUACUGCGCUCGAAGCUGACAGAACUUGUGGCCUCGAUCGAUUCAGCUCUGGUGCUCAAGUUUCUGGAACUGCUGGAUUAUAGGCUGAGGCCGUUGACUGGGAAAGAUGAUAGGCCACCACCAGGGCCUGCGUUCUUAGCUCUGAUGCCAAGAUUAGCACCAUGCUGGGUGGUCUGGGCAGUUAUAUGGUCUGUGGGAGCGACAUGUGAUCACAACGGGCGAGCCAUCUUCUCCGAUUUCAUGAGGAAACUCUCUGAAGAAGCCGGCUUGAAGCCACCGUUCCCUAAAGAAGGCAGGGUUUAUGACUACACAUUACAUGACGGUGGUUUCACUGACAUGACAGAGGAUGGUGAACCAGCCAACCCGUAUUGGUACAACUGGAUGGCAAUCCUUCCUCAAUAUGAAGUGGACCCUGAAUGGCAAUUUGCUGACAUCGAAGUCCCGACUCUUGACAACGUCCGCAGCGCAGCUAUCUUAGGUUACAAGGUGGCUAACUACAACCACGCCGUGUGUGUCGGACCGACCGGCACCGGGAAGACUGUCACCAUCACAUCAAAACUGUCCAGAGGCUUGCACAAGAAGUUCUUCUGCGAGUUCAUCGUCUUCUCUGCUAGGACUAGUGCCAAUCAAACCCAGGAUGUAAUUGAUAAUAAGCUGGAGCGUCGCCGGCGCGGCGUGUUCGGUCCCCCGCCGACCAAAAGGCUGGUGUUCUUCAUCGACGACCUGAACAUGCCUGCGUUGGAGGUGUAUGGCGCUCAACCCCCUAUAGAGUUGCUUAGGCAGUUCAUGGACUUCUCUGGUUGGUACGACCGCACCAGUAUCGGCGACUUCCGUCUGCUUGUGGACAUCAACAUGGUCGCCGCUAUGGGCCCCCCCGGCGGCGGCCGGAACCCGGUCACGAUGAGGCUCAUGAGACACUUCCACUAUAUAUCGUUUACUGAGAUGGAGUAUGCCAGCAAGUACACAAUCUUCCACACUAUCCUUGUCUCCUGGACCCGCAACAUAAACAAAGAUGUCCCCGUUCGGGUGCAGCCAUUCCUCAAGGCUUCCAUUGAGAUCUUCCAGAGCUUGGUGGAGGAACUAUUGCCGACUCCUGCGAAAUCCCAUUACACUUUCAACCUUAGGGAUUUGAGUAAGGUGUUCCAAGGUAUACUGAUGAUGGAUCCUACUCAUGUAAAGGAAGAAGAUGAUGUCAUUCGGUUAUGGUAUCAUGAACAUCAGCGGGUGUACCAAGAUCGUCUAGUCAACGAUGAAGAUCGCAAGUGGUUUUUGCAAUUACUCAACAAGAAAAUACGUGUAGACUUCGGCAGAGCGCCAAACGAGGUGGUGGGCGGCCGGCUGAUGUUGUUCGGUGACUUCAUGGACAUUGGAGCUGAUGACAGGAAAUACGUCGAGAUCACAGACAAAGAGGAGAUGGACGAAAUCCUCCUUCACUACAUGGACGAAUACAACCUAUCGACGACGGUACCGCUUCAACUAGUGCUAUUUGAAGAUGCAGCAGCUCAUUUGUGCAAGAUCGCCAGGAUCGUCAGGCAGCCCAUGGCGAAUGGCCUGUUACUGGGCAUGGGUGGUUCAGGUCGCCAGUCUUUAUCCCGAUUGGCCGCGCAUAUGGCCGAGCUGACGUGUAUACAAAUUGAGAUAACAAAAGCGUACGGACAGACAGAAUGGAGGGACGACCUCCGACAGACCAUGAUAAAGGCUGGCGCCGACAACCGCGGUGUGGUCUUCCUAUUUUCUGAUGCACAGAUAAAAAUGGAAUCUUUCCUCGAAGACCUGAACAACAUUCUCAGUUCGGGUGACGUGCCAAAUAUUUAUGAGGCUGAAGAUUUAGACAAAAUCUACGUGUCUGUCCGUCACGCUGUCAUGGAGAUGAACUUGCCCGCGACGAAGACCAAUCUGUUCGCGUGCUACCAGCGCCGGGUGCGCAGCAACCUCCAUGUCAUCGUCGUUAUGAGCCCAGUUGGAGAGAUAUUCCGCGCGCGUCUCCGACAGUUCCCAUCAUUAGUAAACUGCUGCACCAUAGACUGGUUCAGCGAGUGGCCCAAAUCGGCGCUGGAGUCAGUCGCCUCACACUUUUUCGGUGAGAUGGCAGAAUUGCAAACCACUGAAGAAGUCAUAGCAUCUAUGGUGUCUGUCUGCUGUUUCGUGCACCAAACAGUGGUAGAAGCGAGCGCUCGCUUCCUUGCCCAAUUGAAUCGUCUCAACUAUGUCACUCCGAUGUCGUACAUGGAAAUGUUACAUGCAUACGCAGACAUGUUCAAGAAAAAGAGAGCUUCCAUCUUGAAAGAGUCUAAUGCGCUGAAAACAGGUCUAAACAAACUAAAUCAGACAGAAAUAGAAGUAAAGGAGCUACAGAUUGAGUUGGCUGACCUCAAGCCGCUGAUGGAGAAGGCCGCAGACGAGACCAGGAAGGUCAUUGAACAGAUCGCCAUAGACACGGCAAUAGCAGAAGAGGCAAGAAUCAAAGUAGAAAAGGAGCAAGCGGUUGCUGAAAAAAUGGCGACUGAAACUACUGCUAUGGCGGAAGAUGCUCAGAGAGACUUAGACGAGGCGAUGCCUGCACUAAGGGCCGCUGAGAAGGCACUGCAAGAGCUGAAUCGUAACGACGUUGUUGAAGUAAAGGCUAUGAAGAAACCGCCAGCCGGCGUGGUGCUCGUCAUCGAGUCACUAUGCGUCGUGUUUGAUAUCAAACCUAUCAAGGAACCCGGAGCAAGUUUUGGCGAGAAAGUCCUAAACUACUGGAAGCCAGGGUCGGCCAUGUUGUCGGACCCGAGCGCCUUCCUCGAUUCCCUCAUGAAGUUCGACAAAGAAUCCAUCACCGAGGACAUGAUCAAGAAACUCAAGAGAUUCAUCACUAAUCCUGAUUAUGAUCCGGCUAAAAUUCUUAAGGUAUCGAAAGCGUGCAUGUCCCUGUGCAUGUGGGUGCACGCCAUGUACAAGUUUUACCAUGUCAACACGGCCGUCAAGCCUAAGAAAGAGGCUUUGUCGAGAGCCACUACGGAACUCGCUGCUGUCGAAGCAAUGUUGUCAAACGCAAAGGCGAAGAUGCAAGCCCUCUUGGAGGGGAUUGCCAAACUCAACGCGUACUUGCAGGAGAAGGAGGAUGAGAAACGCAAAAUGGAGGAAGACAUCAACCAGUGUUUGGCCAGGAUGGACCGCGCUAACAGACUGCUGAAUGGAUUGUCAAGUGAGAGAGUCCGCUGGAUCAAGACCAUUGCUGAUUUGGAGGUCGAUAUCGUUAACCUAAUUGGAGACAUCCUUUUGAGUGCCUGUGCAGUGGGCUACAUAACUCCCUUUACAGAUGAGUUCAGAAGAGAUCUGUUAGGAAAGUGGAUAGCUCAUAUGGUGGAUGUUAAUGUACCACAUACACAUGGUGCUACCCCGUUAUCGAUUCUGGGAGAUGCUGUUCAGAUCAGGAACUGGCAGAUGUAUGGCCUGCCUCGCGACCCGCUGUCCGUGGAGUCAGCAGUUUUGAUGUUCAACUCGAGACGAUGGCCACUGGUCAUCGACCCCCAAACUCAAGCCAACAAAUGGAUCCGAGCUAUGGGCAAAAUUGAGGGCCUCGUAGUGUGCAAGCCAAAUGACAGAGACCUGCUGAGAAGCUUUGAAUCUGCGUUACGUUUUGGCAAACCUAUUCUUCUGGAAAAUGUUGGUCAAGAAUUGGAUCCUGCUUUAGACCCUGUACUCAAGCGCCAAUAUUUCCGCCAAGCGGGCCAGUUGGUGCUCAAGCUGGGUGAUUCUCUGAUUCCUUACGUCGCUGGGUUCCGUCUAUUUAUCACCACGAAGCUCCCAAACCCUCGAUACACGCCAGAGACUUCAGUCAAAGUGCAGGUUGUCAAUUUUGCGCUGGUACCAAGUGGCCUAGCCGAACAGCUACUCUCAAUUGUCGUAGCUCAAGAACGACCAGAUCUUGAAGAGCUCCGAGGUCAAUUGAUUGUCUCCCGCGCACAACUCGCGUCGCAACUGGCUGAGAUGCAAGCGGACAUUCUGUACGGGUUGUCCAACAGUGUCGGCUCGCCUGUGGACGAUUUACCACUUAUUUUGACCCUCGAGGCGAUUAAGAUCAAGAGCGCUGAAAUCAUUAUAAAAGUGGACGAUAUUGAACGCACAACGCUUGAGAUUGAUGAGGCUCGAGGCGAUUACGUCCCCGUCGCAAACAGGGGUCAAAUUCUUUUCUUCUGCCUCGCUGGAAUGGCCAACGUGGAUCCAAUGUACCAGUACUCGCUGGAGUGGUUCGUCAAGCUGUUCAUUAGGAGCAUGUCUGAGACCGAACAAACUGAGGACAUAGUCGAGCGAGUGAGCAUAAUCAUCGAGCACUUCACAUUCCUUCUCUAUCAGAACGUCUGCCGAAGUCUGUUCGAGCGACACAAGUUGCUGUUCGCAUUCCUACUCUGCGCCAGGAUACUGCUUGACAAGGGUGUGAUUAGACAUAACGAGUUCAACUUCUUGCUCAAUGGAGGGAAAAUUGAACAGGAAUUGGACAAUCCGGAGCCGAAGUGGGUGUCGCUGCGAAUGUGGCUGGACAUGCAGCAGCUAGCCUCGCUGCCGACCAUGAGACAGUUCGUGCACGAAGACUUCCCUGAGCAGAUCAAGUUCUUCAAGACUUAUUACGACGCUUGGAACCCUCAUAAACUGCCAUUACCUAAACCUCUUGAUUCUCAGUUGGACUCCUUCCAAAAGCUUUUAGUUCUCAAAUGCUUGCGACCUGAUAAGCUUGUACCCGGCCUCCAGGACUACGUGGUAGUGGGGCUGGGCGCACGCUUCGUGGAGCCCCAGCCGGCCGAUUUGGCUGCGCUGUACGCUGAGUCGGACGCGUUGGCGCCGAUCAUAUUCGUGCUCUCCACUGGCACUGAUCCUGCCGCUGAUCUGUUGAAGUUCGCUGAUAAAAUGAAGAUGGGCAAGCGUUUCGAGAGCAUCUCCUUAGGGCAAGGCCAAGGGCCGCUGGCCGAGGCUAUGAUGAGGGUGGGAUGCGACUUCGGCAACUGGGUUUUCUUCCAGAACUGCCAUUUAUCCCCGUCGUGGAUGCCAGUGUUGGAGCUCAACGUGGAGCAGAUACAACCGGAGAUGGUGCACAAAGACUUCAGACUGUGGCUCACGUCCACUCCGUCGCCUCACUUCCCUGUGGCACUGCUACAAAAUGGCUACAAGAUGACUGUGGAGCCUCCUCGCGGUAUCAAAGCCAAUCUGCUGAAGGCGUACAUGAACCAGGUGCCGGAUUUCGUGGAUUUCUUCAACUCCAACGACAGCAAAGUUCCCAACUUCAAGUGGCUGCUAUUCUCGCUGUGCCUGUUCCACGGCGUGGUGCUGGAGCGCCGCAAGUUCGGCCCGCUCGGCUUCAACAUUCCAUACGAGUUCACCGACGGCGACCUCCGAAUCUGCAUUUCGCAGCUGCACAUGUUCUUGAUCGAGUAUACUGAAGUGCCACUCAAGAUGUUGACAUAUACCGCCGGGCACAUCAACUACGGCGGGCGCGUGACGGACGACUGGGACCGCCGAUGCUUGCUCUGCCUGCUGUCUGAUUACUAUUCCACCGCUGUGCUCAACGAUCGGUACAUGUUUGAUGAGAGCGGCGCUUACAAACAGCAAACAGUGUCGUCUAACAUCGAAGACUACACGAAGUACAUCCGCACUCUGCCGCUGAAUGACGACCCAUCUCUGUUCGGUCUCCACAGCAACGCCAACAUCAGCUACGCGAUGUCGGAGACCAGCUCUUGUCUCAAUACUCUCAAGAAUCUGCAGCCCAAAGAAGUGAGCGGAGAAGGCGGGAUGUCAGCCGAAGAGAUGACAGAAAGGGCCGCUAAGGACAUUCUCCAGGUUAUGCCGCCUAACCUGGACCAGGCGUUUAUUGCCGAGACAUACCCCGUAUCGUACAAGGAGUCACUAAAUACAGUGCUUAUUCAAGAGGCAAUUCGAUACAAUCGACUUCUGUCUGUCAUCAACAAUUCUCUUAAGGACCUGCUGAAAGCUUUAAAAGGUCUGGUGGUGAUGUCGGAAGCCCUAGAGAGCAUGGCCAACAGUCUAGCGCGGAAUGCUGUACCUGCCAUGUGGAGCUCCAAGGCUUAUCCGUCUCUUAAACCUCUUGCGGCGUGGGUGAAGGACCUGUGUCUCCGAGUGCAGUUCAUGCAGCAAUGGGCCGAUGGAGGAAUCCCGAAGGUGUUCUGGAUAUCAGGUUUCUACUUCCCCCAGGCUUUCCUCACGGGGGCCCUGCAGAACUAUGCGAGGAAACACGUAAUUGCUAUCGACACUGUCUCCUAUGCGUUUGAGGCAUUGCCGGGAGUGCCUGCAAAGCGACCUGACGAUGGGUGCUGUGUCCGCGGCUUGUACCUGGAAGGCGCUAGGUGGAACGUAGGAGACAUGGCUUUGGAAGAGAGUCGCGCUAAGGAACUACAUACAGAAAUGGCAAUAAUCUACAUGAAACCGGAGCAGAAUCACAAGCUCCAGUCCGGCCUGUACGAAUGUCCCACGUACAAGACCCUGGUAAGAGCGGGGACGCUGUCCACCACGGGUCAUUCCACCAACUACGUCAUGACCAUUGAGCUGCCCACCCACAAGCCGCCAGCCCACUGGAUCAAGAGGGGAGUGGCCUUAUUCUGCGCGUUGGAUUAUUGAUUGCUUUUUGGUUUCGAAGUUUGAUUUCAAGAAGCUUCAAAAAUCGUGGUCACAUUUUAGAAAAUAUAUACCUACCUGUUAGUAAUAGUUUUGUUAAAUUAAUAGUUAUGUAAUUUAUAUUAAUAAAACUUAUUUUAAUACCUAAGUACUUACUUU